AUGGCCAACCCACGAGUAGAAGAGCUCCCCGAGGAGGACGUCAAGGCCACCAUCGAGGACAGCUCCGAGUCUGAGGCCGGUGACGAUGGUGCCGAAGAGCUCAACAUUCCUGGCGGCUCCGGCGUCACCGUCCUCUCCCGCAACGAGAAGAAGGCCAGAAAAGCAAUUGGAAAGCUUGGAUUGAAGCACGUCCCUGGAAUCACUCGAGUUACCCUCCGCCGACCGAAAAACAUCCUCUUCGUCAUCAACCAGCCCGAUGUCUACCGCUCCCCCACCAGCAACACCUGGAUCAUCUUCGGUGAGGCUAAGAUCGAGGACCUCAACUCCCAGGCCCAGGCCUCUGCUGCUCAACAACUCGCUGCCAGCGAGAGCGCCAACGCUGCCGCCGGUGAAUCCGCCGGUCAAGAGCCCAUAGAUCUCGGAAAGGGCAAGGCUGUCGAGGCCGAGAAGAAGGAAGAGGAAGACGAAGAUGACGGCGAGGAGGUCGAUGACACUGGUCUGGAGGCCAAGGACAUUGAACUUGUCAUGGCCCAAGCGAACGUCUCAAGGAAGAAGGCUGUCAAGGCCCUCAAGGAGAACGACAACGAUAUUGUCAACUCUAUCAUGGCGCUGAGCAUAUAA